CUUCCAAUUGUAAGACAGACUGGUUGAACUCAAGCGCUUCUCUCCCUUCUUUCUCUCUCUUCGCCCCUGGUUCUGACCCCUGCCAGCGGUUUCAAAGCCCCCUCCCUUGUCUCUCUCUUCUCUCUCUCCUCGUACAACAAUUUUAUGCAUUUGUCCUUCUCUUUCAAUCCAUGGUCUGAGACGGCAUGACGAAACCCAACAAGCUUCUUGAUAGCCUCCUCAAACCCUUCAAGUCCCACAAAAAAGGUAUAGAAAACGAGAAAAAAGAUGAUUUGGAGGCAAUUGCUGCACAAGAGCAGAAGGUCUUUUCAUUUGAAGCUUUGGCAUCAGCCACACGGUAUUUCCACCCUGAAAAUAAGCUUGGUGAGGGUGGAUUUGGCCCUGUAUACAAGGGGAAGUUGGAUGAUGGAAGGGAGAUUGCAGUGAAGAAACUGUCAAAGAGUUCUCGUCAGGGGAAGCGAGAAUUUGUGAAUGAAGCUAGACUACUCUCAAGGGUGCAGCAUCGUAAUGUGGUCGGCCUAAUUGGCUAUUGCGCCGAUGAAGGGGAGAAGCUUCUCAUCUACGAGUACCAUCCAAACCAAAGCCUCGAUAAGAUACUCUUUCCAGACACCAAUAGGAGACAAGAACUGGACUGGCAAAAGAGAUUUGACAUAAUAUCAGGAGUGGCACGUGGAUUGCUCUACCUCCACCAGGACUCCCACAUAAUGAUAAUCCAUAGAGAUAUCAAGGCCAGCAACAUUCUCCUUGACCAGAAGUGGAAGCCUAAGAUUGCAGACUUUGGCAUGGCAAGGCUCUUCCCCGAGGACCAGACCCAUGUGAACACAAGAGUGGCGGGCACAAAUGGAUACAUGGCCCCGGAGUACAUGAUGCAUGGGCAGCUAUCACUUAAGGUUGAUGUCUUCAGCUUUGGGGUUUUGGUCCUUGAAAUAAUCAGUGGGCAGAAGAACUCAAGCUUUGACCUACAAGCGGACUCACGGGGCCUCCUAAAUUGGGCAUGGAAGCUAUGGAAGAAUGGCCGAUGUUCAGAAAUGGUGGACAUGGCAUUAGGCUCAUUUAAAUUAGUGGACGAGCAAGUGAAGAUGUGCAUACAAAUGGCUCUACUAUGCGUUCAAGCCGACCCAGCACAAAGACCAACUAUGGCUAAUGUAAGUCAAAUGCUGGCAAGGCCCGGAACCUUAGCUGAACCGACAAGGCCUGGCUAUCCAGGUGUAAGAUAUGGUAGAAAAAGAGGCGACAGAACAUCUUCUUAUUCAAAGUCAAGGUCAGAUGCAAGCUCCUCUGGUGACCCCUCUUCUUCUCGAACAGCUGUUGCCAUUGCCGCCACCACCACCACCACCACCACCAACCCCUCCUCCAGAUCCACCGAUGUGUUCUAAGUUUGAAGUGACUAAAACGCUGGGUAAGGGGUUUGAUGGUGACUUUCAAAUUUUGUUCAUUCUUUGUUGUAUAUAUAAUCUUGUAAAUUUAUGGAACAGAUAAAUAUAGUGAGUCUGAUAGGUGGUAAAGAUAUUCUUGAUCAGUAUGUGCUAAAAUGGAAGCCCUCUGGAUUUUUGCCCUGACAAAUUUGUAUGUUGAAACUGUUGUUCGAUAUUUACUGUGUGCAUAGUGAGAAGGGCUAAAACAGUAAAACUUACUGAA